CCGCUCCCCGGAAAUGGAAAGUAGAUAGUCGCGGCAGAUAACUGGUUGGCGUCGUAGAGAGGUUUUUACGUCAAGGUGGGUCGGUCACCUGGAGAUAACUGUAAAAUGUCAUUGGCGAAUGUGUGUCAGGCAUGGAUUUGACGCCGCGUAUUACGAUGACGCCGCUGGCUGCCUGGCUCACGAUCGUCUUGUCAAUUAUGCCGCCGCGACGUUCCUGAAGACGAAGGAAAGCAGUCGCGUCGCACGUCCGAGUUCCCACUUCGUUUGAAGCGCACGAGGAAGAAAAAAUCUCAAAGCAUCAUGGAGGGGACAGAAGUUACAUUUUUAUUCCAAUUUGGUCUGACUCGUGAUACGGUCACUGUCGACAGUAGCACGCUUACUCUUAAGGCCCUGAAAGAUCUCGCCUGUGAUUUUAUAAACACCAAGUGUCCGGAGCAUGGCUUAAACCAUCUAUUUGAGAGAUUAAUUUUAUUUAAGCAUGAUUACAACUCUACAAAUGUUUUACAGCUUAUUACAAACGCUACAGAAGUAGUUGAUGAAACACUGGUAGAAAUCGUGUUGACUGCACAAGUGCCAAGCGAAUACAUUCCCAUUCGUCCUCAUGCUUUAGCAGUACAUUCCUAUAAAGUUCCAACCUUUUGUGAUUUUUGCGGUGAAAUGUUGUUUGGACUUGUUCGACAAGGUCUAAAAUGUGAAGGUUGUGGUAUGAACUAUCACAAGAGAUGCGUUAUCAAAGUGCCGAAUAAUUGCACACAAGACGUAAGUCAGAGACGGCGUAGUUCAACUAUGUUGAAUGUUCCAAGGUCGCCGAGUCAGGGUUCCACUAGCAGCCUGACGAGCAUUACUGACGAUAAUCACAGUUCAAAUAGUAACACACCUAACACAAGCCAAAAUAAUAGUACACUGGCGAUACCGAGUAUAAUGGCGCCGAAACAGUCCUCUUCGCCGUCGCUAGGAGGACGGCCCGUUUGGGUCGAGCGUGAACUCGCAACGCGAAUAAAAAUUCCGCAUACAUUUGUAGUACAUACUUACACACGACCAACUGUAUGCGGACACUGUAAAAAGUUGCUAAAGGGUAUAUUUAAGCAAGGCCUACAAUGUAAAGAUUGUCAAUACAAUACGCACAAAAAGUGUAUGGACAAAAUACCAAAAGACUGUACAGGAGAAAAUCUGCGCGACAAUAUAGGCGAAUAUCUAGACAGCGGCGUUGGCAGUGAGCUAGAAACCAAAUGUGAUAUUAGGAAUGAAGAAGCUGACGCUGACAGUGACACAGAAUCGUCGUCUUUGCCACAGGACACAUUUGCAAGUGAUGAAAAUAAAAUACCCGAUGAUUAUAUCGAUCAUGCACAGAGUAAUGAAGACGUUGCUUGCGAUGAAAAUCAGAAGUCACGACCGUCGAGCUGUAGUUCCACACCAAGUAACAACAUUCCAUUAAUGCGGAUAGUACAAAGCGUAAAGCAUACUAAAAGACGUGGGUCUAAAGUGUUAAAAGAAGGUUGGAUGGUGCAUUUUACAAAUCGCGAUCCUGUCAGAAAGAAACAUUAUUGGCGACUUGACACAAAGUCUAUAACGCUAUUCCAAAGUGAAAAUGGAUCUAAAUAUUACAAGGAAAUACCAUUGGCUGAAAUUAGCGCAAUCGAAACUGCUAAAACGCCUCGUUCAUAUAUAAUGCAUUGCUUUGAGCUAAAAACUGCCAAUAUCGAUUACUAUGUUGGAGAGGAUCCAUCAUAUGGACAGAAUUGUGGCCAAGUCUCUCCUCCCGAGAGCGGUAUUGGAGCUCAUAUAGCUAGAUCGUGGGAAACUACUAUUAGACAAGCACUUAUGCCUGUAACUGUGUCAACUAAUCAAGAAGAAUCUAGCGAGCCUGAGGAAAACAUUACCGACAUGUCACAACUGUAUCAGAUCUUCCCAGACGAAGUUUUAGGCUCCGGACAAUUCGGCAUAGUCUACGGGGGUGUUCAUCGCAAGAGUGGCCGUGCGGUCGCCAUAAAGGUCAUCGACAAACUGCGUUUUCCCACCAAGCAAGAGGCUCAGCUGAAGAACGAAGUGGCCAUCUUACAGAAUCUGUCGCACAGCGGAGUGGUGAAUCUGGAGCGUAUGUUCGAGACGCCGGAGCGGAUAUUUGUGGUGAUGGAGAAGCUGAAGGGCGACAUGCUAGAAAUGAUCCUGAGCUCCGAGAAGGGACGGCUCAGCGAGCGGAUAACCAAAUUCCUCAUUACGCAAAUUCUCGUUGCGUUGAAGCAUCUCCACAGCAAGAACAUCGUGCACUGCGAUCUAAAACCGGAGAAUGUGUUGCUCAGCAGCGACACGGACUUUACUCAAGUAAAACUGUGCGACUUCGGAUUCGCGCGAAUAAUCGGCGAGAAGAGCUUCCGGAGGAGCGUCGUCGGCACACCGGCGUACUUAGCGCCGGAGGUUUUACGAAAUAAAGGCUACAAUCGUUCCUUGGAUAUGUGGAGCGUUGGCGUGAUUAUUUACGUAUCAUUAAGCGGCACAUUUCCGUUUAAUGAAGAAGAGGAUAUUAACGAACAGAUUCAAAACGCUGCCUUUAUGUACCCGCCGACUCCGUGGAAGGAAAUUUCGAAUGAUGCUAUUGACUUGAUCAACAAUCUACUGCAAGUUAAGCAAAGGAAAAGAUAUACCGUGGACAAAAGCUUGCAGCAUGUGUGGUUACAAGAUUAUCAAACGUGGUGCGAUUUGAGGAAAUUGGAGCAGAAAGUUGGCUAUCGCUACUUGACUCACGAAAGCGACGACGCGCGUUGGAUGGCUUACAGUAAUCAAGAGACAUGACAGAACUGCUCACCUGUUCUGAACAUCGAAGAAUUACCAACUUCCUUGUCAUUCCACAAAGGCUGGGCUCGAUGUGCUCGAGCUACUCUACGGCGUUUUAUCCGUGCCUGACUCCGUAAAAGUAUGUGAAAGCUAGUACAACUUCAUCUCAUCUCGGAUUAUUACGCAAUAUAUCCUAGAUAUGUUACUCUUCGCGUAGUUUAAAAAUGUAUUCAAUACAUCUGCAUUUCGAGAUACUGCUAUUUCCUCCGAAAUACUUAAACACAAUAUUCAGAACGCUUCCAUAAUUUUAACAUUCCUACAAAGAUGUAGCACAAGAAAAUGUCUGUCAAGCUAACUCUCCUACCACAAAAAAAUUGAAAUAAAAUUCUUAUACUGAAAUGUAGUGCUACUUAGGUGCUAAUUUGGGGUGUUAAAAAUAUAAAGUUUUUUAACUUGUAAACAAAAGAAUCUUAAAAGUAGGUAAGAUUUUAUAGAAUUAUAUAUAUAGAAUUUUAUAGUUUUUUUCUUAUAAUUGUUAUUUUUUAUAAUUUGUGGUAUAUUUUUGUUAGCUCAUAUAUUUUAAACUAUAACAUAGAUUAAUUUUGUUUAUAGCUUCUAAAAGCACUAAAUGGUGUGUAUUUAUUUAAAAAUUUUUUUAUAUUAUUUAACCAGUUGAGUGGUAAUGUCUCAUAUAUGUACAAAAAAAAGUGCCAAACGUGAUAAUGUAUCAUAUAUGUACAUUUCUAAAUAACUCCACUAAUUUUCAACAGAUUUGCACAAAACUUGAUAUCCUAAGGUUUUUUGGGCUGCUGAAUUCGAAUCUGUUGUCAAAAUUGCAAAAUUCAAAAUGGCGGAUCCAAUAUGGCGACUAUUAAUUGUUAAAACGACUAAAAUAUUGGA